CGCACCCGACGCAUCAUACACACACACUGUCUCUCUCACUCACUCUGCAUCUGCUGCUGCUGCUGCCACUGCCACUCUUGUCCAGAGGCCACCACACACUCUCUCUCUCUCUCACUCACUCACUCUCCUCUACUAGCUCGUCUCCAUCUCUUCUACUCGUCCAGGCCUCCAAGAAUCUCUCUGUUCUUGCUGCUUGCUUGGUGGUGGUGGUAGCUUUCAUAAUGGAGGCGGUGGUGGUGGCGGCGCUGGUGCUUCUCAUGUCGUCCAGUCUCGUCGCUUCAGAUUGGUGCGUGUGCAGGUCGGAUCAGCCACAGGCGGCGCUGCAGAAGACCAUCGACUACGCGUGCGGCGCGGGCGCGGACUGCAACUCCAUCCACGAGCAGGGGCAGUGCUUCAACCCCAACACCGUGGUGGCGCACUGCUCCUGGGCCGCCAACAGCUACUUCCAGAGGAACAGGGCCAUGGGCGCCACCUGCGACUUCACCGGCACCGCCACCCUCACCACCAGCGACCCAAGUGUUUCUGGCUGCUCCUUCCCUGCUAGUGCAAGUGGUGCUGGAACAUCAACCACUCCGACCAUGGGAGGCACAACUGGAACAAUGACCCCAGGAACCUUCACACCUGGAACUGGUAUGGGCACAACCACCGGCACCGGCAUGGGAACAGGGACUACUACCGGCACCGGGCUGGGCGGGCUAGGGCCAACAGGCACAAGCAGCAUGGACACCGCGGCAGCGGGAUUGCACCUAAGAGCCGGGCUAGCCACCUUCUGCACCGUGCUCCUCUCGUUCGUUGCGAUCGCAUGAGGGUUGCACCCUUGAAGCAACACUCAUUUUCGCUGAUUGAAAGAACCCGAUUUCGGUGGUUGCAGGAGCAAUGUGAUCUGUGAAAAGAAAAAAAAAUGAACAGAAACCCUGAUCCUUUCUGAAGAUGUCAUCCCAUCCGAAAACCCACUAUUGCCUGCCAAUUCUUGUUUGGUGUCGAUGGGUGUUUGUGUGGGGUGAGUUUCUGUACUCCCUUUUCUUAUGUCGUGUACUCUGUAAUUUGGUAGUAGGAUGUCUGUCUCUUUCAUGCAAGGACUCCCACUAUUUCUUUUUCUUUUUCCCAUCUUUAUUAUCUUGUAAAUCUAGGGAAAACCAGUAGGUAGGCUCAAGGUUGGUUGGAAUGAGAAGGUUGUUGUUGGGACAAUGCCAUCUUAAGGCUGUUAUCAACUUAUCAUCAAGUUGCUCAUCCCUGAA